AUGGCCAACGUUUCAACGGCUUACUCUGUCCGCUCUGAGGACAGUGACUCUAAUGUAAGACUUUUUUUAAUUGAAAAUGAGUUCAUUUGUGGUGUUGAUUAAGUUUUGGGAUCAAAAACAGGUGUUUGGUCUAGUAUAACAUAGUUUUGAAUGGUUUUUUGGUGAUAAAAUGCUCUAAAGCUACAAAAUAUUGUUGUAAAAUACUGUAAAGAAACCUAUUCAAUAAAGAUAUCAAGUUUAAUUUGAUUUUUUAGGAUAUUGACACAUCAAAAAGGAAAAGACUUAUCAAUGAAGUGCUCCAGAUGGAAGUGAUUCAAGGAACUGAUUUUAACUUUGGAAAUGGCUUCAAGAACUACAUUAAACAGUUGUCUGUUGGCAAGAAAACUUUGCCAAAAAGGUAGGUUUGAUUUUUGUCAUUUUUGAUUUCAAUUUUUAAUGUUUUAUAUUGGAUUGUUACCUAAAUUUUAAAUUUUUACAAAAAUGAUUUUUGAUACGAUUUUCAGAGCUAAACAUAGAAAGAUUGAAGAUGAAGAAUUGUACAAACUAGAAUUGCUAACUAUUUUACGAGAUGAAGUGAGUUUAAACUGGUUUUUAAAGUUUGCACGGUGCAGUUUAUCUUGCAAAACUGCACCGUGCAAACAGAAAAUAGGCUUUUUGUAGCAAAACUUGAAAAUGCCAAGGUUUUUUGGACUAAUAUUGUUAUAAAAAUAUGUAGAUGAGUGAGAUAAAGAAUAAUUAUUAAUUUCAGUGGAAUUUGUUACCGUUUGGAACAAGGGCAAAUUACGAAAAUGGAGAUUUCGACGACACAACCGAUGUUCCAUUGAUUUUCGAGGAUAAACCGCUUGAUUCACAGUGCAUUCCGUGCAUAUUAUGCAAAGAUACGACUGGUAGAUUUUGUAACAUAGACGUUUUUUUGGUAAGUUUGUGUUUUUUCUUUGGAUUUUCGGUUUUUUAGGCGAGAUGCUCAUGGAUAAUAUCGUUUUUGAGGAUGUUUUGAAUCAUAACUUGAGUCUAAAACUGUUUUUAGUUUUGGAAUUAAUUUCUUUAUAUGCUCUGGAGUUUUGCGCUCAAAAUGAUAUAAAAUUUUGCUUAUUUUAUACUUAAAUUAGCUUGAAAAUGACCAAAACAUAAAGCUAUGACCAAAACAACCUAAAACAAUAUAAUAAACCACAUUUUCAGAGUCAUAUAAAUGAAAAACACAUCAUAACCGACUUGUAUGUUUGUCACCUUUGUUAUCAUGGAUUUUUUGAUCAAACCGCAUACCGAUCUCACGUACGAACACAUGGACAAAAGGUCUUCAAGAAUGCCACAACAUUGACGCUGAUGUGUGAAGAUUGUGGUGGAGAGUUUGUUUUGAAGCCAGAUCAAGACAAAAGCUUUGGAGAUGAGUAUAUGAAGUUUAUCGUAUGUUUGUUUGGAGUUUUGGGGGUUAAAGUGUUGGUUUAGAUUAAAAAUGGGGUUUUUAUAUGCGAAAGGUACUUAAAGUUUGGUUUUUGUGUUGUAAUAUGUUGUAAGUGCACCUAAAAUUAGAUGAUUUGUCUAAACUACCUACCUAAAUUACUAUUUUUAAUAAGUAAUGGACAAAUGAUGUCUUAAAAAACAUUAAAAUGAACCAAAAUUUCAGCUACAUCACGCUAGGUCAAAGCUUCAUCCAGUUCAAUUCAAUUAUCACGAAAAAAUACCACCGGCAUUUACAUCAUAUUGGUUGAAUCAGUAUCUGGUCAAAACGAAAUCAACCGUAAAAACGUAGGUUUUCAAAAAUUAAUUUUGUAAUUUGUAAAGAAAGUUCUUGUCACUUUUUGUUUUGUAAAGAAAGUUUUUGCCAUUUUAUCUUUUGUAAAGAAAGUUCUUGCCAUUUUUUGGAUUAUAAAAAAAGUUCUUACAACAAUAUGAUGGAUUUUUAUAAUUAUUUGAAAUAAAUCAAAAUUUCAGUUUCAACAUUCAAACUCAAGCUGCGAUGAGAGAAGUUGAUUUGGAAGCCAAUAUUGCAAGGAUUCAGCUUCUGAAGGCAUUAAAAGUCGGUGUCAAAGGCGAGCGACGAGCAAGACAACGAGGACUGUCGUAUGUGAAUGAGGUAAACAGAAAAAUAAAAAUAUUGUCAUUUUAUGCUUUGGUUUACAAAAAUGUCAUUUUCAGAGCACGAAAUACGAAGACAAAGAAGUAUAUCGAUACGAAGUGUGUGAUUUGAUAAAGGAAGAAACGGUAAAUGGCAGGAGGAUCGAGGACCUCUUCACUUCGAUAGACUUCGAAUCAGCUGCAAAUAAUGGCAGUUUUGGAUUUGGCUUCGAAUUGGAUGGAUUGAAUUUGACGCAGGAGUAAGAAUUUGAAUUUUUGAAAAUUUUAAAAAUUAGAAUUUUUUUUUUAAAUUUAAAAAUUUUAAAUUUUAAAAAAUUUGGUUUUUUUAUUUUUAAAUUAGAAUGUUGACCUAAAAUGAUGCUUUAUUGGAAUUUUUUUGUUUUGAAGGCAUUAAGAAGCUAAAAACUGAAAAAAAAUUAUUUUAGGUAACAAUUUUUUGCAAAUUUAAAAAGUUUGAAAUUCUUGCAAAAUUUGAAUUUUUGUCAAAAUUUAGUUUUGAACUUCGAUCAAAAGUUAUUGUUUGUUGUUUUAAAGCCAUUAAAAGGCCAAAAAUGAAAAAAUCUAGCUUUAGGUAACGUUUUUUUGAAAAUUUUAAAAUUUUGAAAUUUUUGGAAAAUUUAAUUUUUUUCUGAUUUUAAUCUUGCAUCUUGGCUUAAAAUGACCCUUUAUUGAGUUAAAGACAAAAAAAACGAAAAAAAAAUACUUUAGGUAACAAUUUUUAUUAAAUUUCGUUUUUUAGCCUCUACCACUGCCACAGGUGCAAUUACCUAGAGUUUGAUGAGAAAUCAUUUUCCCGACAUUUGGUUAGCUGUAGAAGCAGCCAGAAGACGUCAGCAAUGAAGAUUCAUUGUGAUAACGAGCCAAGGAACUCACCUCUUACCUGUUUCAAAUGCAAAACCAAACAUUGCUCGAUUCAAGGAUUGGCAGUCCAUUUCGCCAUGAUGCACAAGCAGAAGAUCACCGUGAAGGCACAUGAAUGUAGGUUUUGUAGAGGGAAUUUGAUUUUUAAAGAACUUUAUUUACAAAGCUAAAAAUGGCAAGAACUUUUUUUACAAAACAAAAAAUGGCAAGAACUUUCUUUACAAAGCUUAAAGCGACAAGAACUUUGUUUACGAAAUGUGAAAGGGCAAUAACUUAGUUUACAGGGUUCUAAAUGGCAAGAACUUUAUUUACAGUACAUAUAAUUGCCAAGACUUUCAUUACAAAGCUUAAAAUGACAAGAACUUUGUUUACAAAAUAUGAAAUGGCAAUAACUUUCUUUACAGAUUAUAAAAUGGCAAGAACUUUCUUUGCAGGGAUUUAUGUAGCAAGAACUUUCUUUACAAAGCUUAAAAUGACAAAGUUAUAUAAACGUUCUUUCAGAUUCAUUAGAUUCGGUGUAUCAAAUGAUGCUGGACCACCAAGCCAGGACAGUGUUUGACGUUGAACUCGAAAGGAUUCUAAAUGAGUGUAAGUUGAAAUUUUAUUUUGAUUUUUGUUACUUAAAAAUGGAAAAAAUUAAUGAAAUAGUGAUUUUAAUAGCAUAUUUGCUUUCAUUUUCUAUCAAACUUCCUCAAUUCUUGACUUUAUUUCAGAUAUCCGAAUCCUAAAACAAUCCACAAAAGAGAACAACAAGGAUCUCAUAGCACCAGUUCGUGAAGAACCACAAAAACCGGUCGAUUCGAGCCCUCAAAUCAUCCAAACUCCAUUUGUUUUCCGGAAAAGACGUCACAAUCGCCUACCUCAACAACCACCAGUAGUACAAGAAGUACUACAAAGUCAGGAAUCCGGCACCAAAACUCGGCGAAGAACUCAAAAGACCAAUUUGUCGCCAAACCCUCCAGAAGCACGGGCUACACGCUCCUCAGUAGCCAAAGCAACUCCUGAUUUAAAAAGCCAACACUUGUCACCAGUCAAAUCUUUCUUGUCCCCUAAGGCCCAAAACUUGUCGCAGUCGAAGAACUCAACCUUGGUUACUCCUAAAGCUAACAUAAAGACUACACCCACCAAAACCAGCCCAAAACGACUAUUGGUACCAAAAUCACCAUUAAGCUCAAAGUCACCGAAGACUGUAGUAACUUCGAGAUCCACGAAUCAGCCGAUUCAGAAGCUGGCAACAACUUCAGCGGACAAAUUUAAAACUUCUCAGCCAUCGACCAGUAAGGCGGACCAUCUGGUACUGGAUGAGGACAUGGAUCUGGACAGUCAAAUGGACCGGGUCAUAGAAAAGAUUAUGGCCGAGAAUGAGAAGGAAAAGAAGAGAGAGGGGAAACAGGUUGAGGCUGAGGCUAUGGAGGUUGAUGCGAUAAGCGAACGACCUAGCAGUGGGGAGAGUGUUACGGUAAGAUAUACUUUAAUAUUUGAGAUUGAGGUUUGGAGCUAGGUAGAGGAAGGACUGGUUACGCUAGGGAGCCAGAAAUAGUAUGGAAAGGGCAUAUGGUAAAGGUAGAGUAGGGCUUAGGAAUAUUAUUUGGUAGCGUAUGGCAGGUUAUGGUAGGGACGGUAGGACAUUAUAAAUUAAGGAACGGUGGAGUAGGGUAGGGGAGAAUAGGUAUGAAGAGUAGGGUAAGGCGGAGUGGGUAGGGAUCAGCUAAAUCAAGGUUUAGGGCUUGGGAGGGGGGGGGGACAGGUUGGUUGUAGAACUGGAUAUAGAAAAAGCGAUGGAACGGUAUUGGGCAGAGCAUACGGUAGAGGAGGUAGGAUUGCGUAUAUGGUAGGAUAUCUUGUAGGUAAUGAGGUGUGCCUUCAUGGUAGAGUAAGACUUGGGAAUAUGAUAUGAUAAGGCAUGGCAGGUUAACAUGAUACGGUAGGGCAUGAUAAGGUAAGGUAGGUUAGAGUACAGUAUGGUACAGUAGAGUAAAUUAGAGUACGAUAGGGUAUUUCAGGGUAGAGUAAGGUAGGGCAUAGUAGGGAUAGUUUUAACCUUUAAUGAUCUGGAUAUUCAAAAUUUCUUUCAAGCUUAUUUUGUUAUGUUAUCCAUGAUGUAACAUACUUGUUUUAUCAUUAAUUUUUUAGCCACGACAUUCCUCCACAGCCAUCAAAGAAGACGAAGACAUUACCUAUCUCGGCGAUGCAGCACCAGAACUCAACGAUCGAAUCGACUGCCUACUAUGUGGCUCAGAACAGAAGAGCACGGCCGCCUUUGAGCUGCAUUGCCUAAGGCACAUUGAGCAAAUUGAUUGUUGUCCGAUCUGCGCCCUCAACAACAAAACCACUAGUUUUGGCAGCAUUUUCGGCUUCUUCGACCACUUGUUCGUGGAGCACUUUACUCAGAAUCCGAAUUGCAUUCAGUGCCCGUGGUGUGAUAUGUUGUGUUCGAAGGACGUAAGAAGUCGCAGAGGAAUCCGAUUUGCUAUCAGUCAUAUCUUAUAUGAAUGUACCACCCCCAAAGUUUGUAUUCUAUGUGCAUGCACUACCAAUGGCGCUAAACGAAUGGUGGAACCACACAAAAUUCAUAGGAUUCAUGAACACAAGAAGGUCUACAACAGGUAAUCCUUUCAAAGAAAAUUUUUGAGGCUAGAGGCACAGAAUUAUUUGAACAACUUAAAGCUAUGAAACAUUACUAACUAGGGCAUACGGUAAAAGGAGAUAGGAUUAUGUAAAUAGUAAAAUAUAUUGUAGGUGUUGAAGGGUAGACGAUAUGAAGUACAGUAGGGCUUGGGCAUAUAAUUUGAUAGGGCAUGCUAGGCCAAGGUAGGUUACGGUAGUACCUGAUAAAAUAAGGUAGGUUAGGGUACAGUAAAGUAGGGUAGAGUAGGUUGGAAUAAGAUGAUGAAAAGUAAGGUAUGGUAGGGUAGGGCUUGGGCGUAUAAUGUGGCAGGGCAUGGCAGGUGAAGAUUGAGUACUGUAGGGCGCGGCACACAAUAAGUUAGGGUAAGGUAGGUAUGGUAUAGCAGAGCAUGGAAUAAGGUAGGGUAGGAUAGGUGUAGCAGGGUGGUGUAAGGUAGGGUAGAGUAAGGUAGAGUAGGCUAGUGUAAGGUAGGGUAGGAUAGGUAUAACAGGCUAGUGUAAGGUAGGAUGAGUAAAGUAGAGUAGGGUGGGGUAGUCCGCUAGUGUUACAGGUGUUUAUUACCUUAUCUUACGUUUACAAAAGGGGUCUAUUUGAAAAAAAACCAUUAAAAAGACAUAAAAAAUUUUAAAAAAUGGAUGAAAAUUUGAAAUAAUUAUCGGAAUUAUGAGCUUUUUAAAAAAAAUUUUUUGGAUUUUAGUGACCACUACUGCCCUAUCUUCUCUCUUCUUGCCUUCUUUUACUCCUCCAAUCUUCCUCUUUACUAUUCUCUUCUGUCUUUCCUCAGUCCCUCAAUCUGUUUAAAAAAUGUUGUGUAAUAAUCAUUUGCGCGUCAAUUAUUUACAAAAACGGAUAGUAAAGCCCAUGUUUCUAUGGUUUUGCGCGACACGCCAUGAUAAUAUUGUGAUUUAUAUUAUUAUUGGCGAGAUUGAACUUGUAAAUGUGUCAUUGUUUUUUAUAGAUCUUUGGUAUGGUAGAAAACUUGAUUUAAAUAUUAAAUUGAGCUUUUUUCAAUUUUUUUAAAAUUUUUAAAACUCUAUUUUUAAAAUUUCGAAAUUUCAAAUCAAAUACAAAAAUAUCAUUUUCAGAUUCUACUGCAGUCGCUGCCUGCACGGAAUGCACAACGUCGACCAGUACAAGGUCCACAAGUGCACGUCAGUAGCGUUCCGUUGUUGCUGCGACCCCUGGGUCGAGUACCGUGACCAAACCUCACUACAACAACAUCUGGAUGAGAACGUAUUCAAAGCGCACAAUUUGUUGCCAACAAGACCGCAACAAGACCUGAACGUGAUCAUGAACACCAGGAAGCAGCCAGUGAAUAGCAAGUCUGAUGAUGUCUAUGCCUUUCUGAAGAAGUACGCCUUCUUGAGGAAGCCAACGAAACACGAGGAUAUGGUUGGAGAUGAGGUUGAUGUUAAGAGGAAGGUAGCGCUGAACAGGAAUUUUGUGGAUGGUACGUUUUCUGGAUUUUUUUUGGUUUUUAGGUAAAAUUUAUAUACUAUUUUGGCUUUUAGAUAAUAUUUAAUAGAUAUUUUAAAAUUUGAUAUUGCUUUAGCUUCAUCAGCUCAACCAUGCACAUCCGGCUUCAAGCUAGUAGGCAAAUCAACUGAAGUCAUCACGGUAUCAGCGCCUCGACCUUCAACCAGGCUUAGUACUCAACAAAAACCCCAAAUCAUCGACCAAUACAACGGAGAAGAUACCCCAACGAACGACGAACCCAGACCAGUAUCUGUCAUAGCCGUCAACAAGAGCCUCCAAGAACUUCAAAAGCUGAAACGAUCCUCAUCGACCGAGAUCUACGACUCGAAAGACAAGAAAGAGGAGAAGAAAGGCGUGAAGAGAAGAAGAACACAACCAAAACAACCAGAAAUAGAAGAGCCGGACCUUAGGAAGAGGAAGUAUUCACCGUAUCAACUACAACAAGUCAUGUUAUUCAACCAGAGAUCAAGACAAAUAUGCAUGAUGGAUGUGAAAGGCAAGGCUGAAGAGUUGGGAGUAGAAAAUGAAGACGUGGUGGAUGUUGUGGAAGACCUCAUGGCCACAGUUUGUGACAAAUUCAUGGCUGCAGCGAGUGGUAGGUUGAGGUUUAUAUGGUUUUAGAAGGAGGUAUUUGUUAACAAAGUUUGUAACAUACGUUAGAACAAUAGAAAAUGGCAGUAGAAAGAAAUUAUGAGUAAUCUAGAGCCAUAAAAGGAGCUAAAUUUAGAAUAAUGUUAAUUUAGAUUUGUUUUAAAGGGGUCAUGGUUAAUAUAAGCUCGUUUUAGAUAAAUUUCUACAAAUUUUUUAAACUUUUUUAUGAGCAAUAUAAAAAAGAUGUUAUUCUAAAUAAAAAAUAAGUUUAUAGCCCAAAAAGAUGUUGUUUUAGCUGACUUUGAGAUCAUUUUGUUUUGGAACUAGAUUUGAUGGCAUGGUUAAUAUAAAAAUUGAUUUUUUGGGAAAUUUUGAUAAAAUUUUGAUUUUUCUCUAGUUUAAAAUCAAGAAGAAUAUCUUUUUCAAUUUGAAAGCUGAGUUCACAGCUUUUAAAAAUGUAGCUUUAGUAAUCUAUGAGGCUUUAACCAUCUACGGUCUUAUUUGAUCUCAUGGUUAAUAUAACUUUGCCUAUAGAAUCUUGAUUUUUGCUAACUUUCUUUAUAAAUUGAUAUAUUUUGUGCUAUUUUAAACCUUGUUUUUAUAAAACUUAAAAUUUUAGGCUUGGAAUGGCAAGGCAAGCAGCUAGGCCAGCUGAAUCGGCCAGCCAGCGUGUCAAGGAUAGCGCCGUUGGAUUUCAGACAAAUGAUGAAAGACCCACCUCAAGUCGAAGCUGUACCAGAGAAAAAGACCUUCAAAUGCAUGUACGAAACUGAUACAGAGGGCUGUAAGCUUGUAUACGACACGUUCAAUGACGUACAAGAGCAUUUCUACAAAGAACAUGGGUUAUAUUCAAAGGUAGGUCAAUAUUAUUGAUGAUUUUUGAGAUUUUAGGUCGUUUGAAAGUUAAAUUGAUCUUAUAUUACAAUGAAUAUGGGCUUAAAAGACGCACAAGAGUCUUGUCUUUAAUAUAAGAUAGGUGGUAAUAUUUAAAAUGGCAUAGUUUAAACUAUACACACUAGUUUCAGCACCCAAUUCCACUAGAUAUGAACAUCUACUUCUGCCCUAUCUGUAUGUCUGGAGUAACGGACGAAGGCGAGUUCGAAAUCCAUUUGGCAGGUCAUGAGAACAUGAAAACGGACGAAAACUUCCGCCAAGACUACCAUUGGUGCGUCCAGUGCACAUUGAUGUGCAAAAGCUUGGAAGAAUACGAACUGCACAGUUUUGCGCAUAAACAGAAAAAAGUCACAUUUAUUUGUACGCAGCAUUUGGAGGCAUACGAUGAAGUAGGUUUAUGUUUCGGUUUAGGCCGUUUUUGAAAUUUAAAAAAAAAAUUAAAAUUUUUGAAUUUUGAAAAAUUGUCGAUUUGAAAAUUUGGUGAAAAAUGAAUUUUUAUGAAAUUUGAAUCUGAAAAAAAAAAACAAAUUUUGAAAAAUUUUUUAAAAGUUUGAAAAAAAAAUUUUUUUUGAAUUAUACAAAUUUUUAAAUCUUACUAUUUUCAGCCCUUUAACUACUAUGUUCACCUCGAAAAGCACGGUAAACAGGUGCUCAAGUUCUGCAAAAUGUGUGGCUUCGCCAACACCUCCGUCCGUCAAGUCAUGACCCACAUUGACAAGUGCACAACCAAACGCUUCAAACUCGGCGAACCUCUGACCAGAGCCAGAAUGGCGCUGGGCUACUGUCUAGCAUCAUCCGCCUUGAUCAGACGUCUUCCGAACGCGGACUUCUUGGAGAAAGUAACGGCCGAUCAUGUGAAGUUCGCUCCGAAACAUCGCUGCGAACACUCGUUUGCACUGUUCGCUCAAGGCGGCCCGCUCCUGACUUGUCAGGGCUGUUGCACACCGGUAAGUUGGGGGAAGUGAAGUUAAAGGUUAACACUAUAAAGCUACGGGAUUUCAAAUUUGUUUGUUAUAAAAGAGUUUUGUUAUACAAAAGUUUUUAGUCAUGAACAAUGUAGCUAUUAUAUUAUUAUGUUAAGCUCGUUUUUGACGAUUUUAUGUGCCUAUUUUCAGAUUUCCGACCUAGAAUGGUGUAAACGAUUCCCAGACGAAGCGAAAGAACUAUGUCGAAGCAAAUUAGUGAGUUUUUUCUUCAUUUUAUACCUAAAAUAAUAUUCAGAAAAAAAUUUUUAAAUUGCCUAAAGUAACACUUAAAAAAACUCUUAAUAUUACCGAAAAAACAUAAAAAAGUUGUAGCGUUUUCAGAAGAUGGUCCUGAACCUAAGUCAAACGAACGGCACGCCCGAGCAGUUGGGCCCUGACCUCCGCGUGAUUCCUCGUGAUCCAACAGAAAUCGGAACCGGCCUCCUACUCCAACAAUGCCCUGUGAUUGUGGACCCACCAGCGUGCACUCCAGAAGCCUCCAAUGUCAGAUCCACAACCGACACGGAAGAGGUGUGGAAAAGGAAGAGGGAGCAGAAACUGAUCACAAUCGACGACGACGAACCCGAAAUUCAAGUAGAAUUACCAAAAACUGUACCAACGCCACUAGUUUUGAGGAAUACUACGCCAACGACUAGUCAGAUUCAGACGCCAAAGGGCAGAGAGGUCGUGAUCAAUAAGAAGGUGGUUGUGCCAAAUCCAAAGGCAGUGUACAGUCAGACGGAGCGGAGAACUGCUAACAAGUACUAUCCUCAGGUGGGUUUUUUUUUAAAUUUUUUGAAUUUUAGGUAACAUUUUUUUUUAAUUUUAAUUUUUUUGAAAAUUUUUUGAUAUUUAGGUAACAUUUUUUUUAAAUUUGAUUUUUUUUUUUGAAAUUCAGGUAACAUUUUUUUAAAUUCAUUUUUUUUUCAAAAUUUAGGUAACAUUUUCUCAAACUUACCCUAAUUUUGUCAUAUUUUCAGUACCCACCGCCAAUCCGAACCUACUCCACCCCGCAAAACUACCCCAACCCGGUCCAAUACCAACCUCUACCCCGCAACCGUGUAAUCAUAAACCCAUACCCACGCCCACACCGAAUGCCAUACCAUCCCAACCCGAUGAUGUACCGCCACCCGAACCACAUGGAAAUGUAUCGACAACUACCACCACAACAAUGGCAACAAUACCCGCCCAACUGGAGAAGGUACUAG